AGGAACCCCUCUUGAUCCUCACGUGUUUGCGCUCCUCACUGGCGUCGGGCUACGCGUCUCCUCAUCAAUCCACGCCCUAUCGAACAAUUGACUCCGACUCCAGCUUCAACGACUACUGGCUCUCACUGGCCGUCUUCUACCAGCCCGCAUGACUCACAUUCCGGGGUCGUGCGACCCGUCACGAGUGACGCUUGACGAUGGCCUCGACCUCCCAUCCUCAUAUCCAGCCGCGACGCCUAGGAGAGGAACUCGACAAGAUUGUGCGCUCGUUGAACGAAGAUUAUGGACUUGCUAUUGAAGGACCAAAGUCAAUUCGGCCACCAUCUGCGCAAUUGAGUUUGGCAGAGACACCGGCGCAAAAGUCUAUACAUAGAAUCUACGCGCGAUUGGAAAAACUACACGGCAAGAAUGCGCUAUCUGAGAAACUCGUUCGCUUCAGAAUUCAAGCUGAGCAGGUUAUGAGAGGAUGGGUCUACAAGCCCCUCGCCAAUGUCGACACCCUUCCUCAGUCUCGCCGGGGCGCCCCACUUGGUGCCCGCUGCGAGAAGGAACGGGCCGAGUUGCGUCAAUGUCUCUACAACAUCCUCCGCGACAGGUCGCCGACGAGCAUGAGUACAAGAACCCAUCGCCCUUGCACGCAGAAGAGAAUCUCUGAUGAGUACCACGAGGGACCGUCCAAGAGGACGCGCAGCCUCCCCAGCGAAGAUGAAUCAAAUCACAGCAUCGACCAUGUCCCUGUUCGAUCAAAGGAAUCGGAGCGCUUGCCGCGGCCGGGCCUGAAUACUUUGCUGCAUCGUAUUUCCAAUCGCUCUCUAGGGACGACGACAUCGGCUAAUUCGAGCCGUGACUCGUUACAAACUAAUGUCUUUUCAUUCGCCGGACCCGACGAUACCCUUUUCAGUACACAGAACACAGAUGCAGAACACGGGAAGGUCCUGGAAGAUAAGCUGUUUGUGCAAGAUGGCAUCCGGUUGAGCCAGGAGUUCGACCCGGGAUCUCAGGAUAUGGAGGCUUUGAACGAGUCCUUUUCGCUUUUCGACCGCGAAGAGGACACCAGUCAUUGUGACCAGCAUGUUCCACCAAUCGGUAACCCAAGGCCCUCCUUUUCCACAUCGCCGAGAAAGCCCAGCAACCUAGGCCACCUCUGGCCCAAAUUCCCCUACCCGAAGCUGACCCACGCGCCCCUAUUCGUCGCAUGGGAGAUCGUUAGGGCUGCCAUGAAUUGUGGAGUCGACUUGGAUCACUUUGACAUGGAGUACAAGCCCGGGGAAGAAAUUUGGAGCGAUCAAAAGAAAUUUUGGAACAUGCUAUCUGAUCAUCGACUCUUUCUCAACAAGGGCAUGCCUGCAAAAAGCGAAGCAAGCUGCUGGCAGGCAUCGUUGAGGGACUUCCAGAUCAAGAACAACCGGUGCAUAAGUUUAGAAGCCGAAUUGGUGCCGACGACAACGCCCUGUGGACCUCGUUACCAAGUGAAGCUAAGGCCCCUGACAUCGCAGAUGAGUUGUCGUCUCGAAAGGCGAUUUGGGAGCGAUCGGUUCUUGAAACUGAUUAUCCCGGCGCCCUCACGCAUGAAUGAGAACGAUACAGAGGAUCUGUGCGCUUGGCUUCAUGGGGACCACCACUUCCUUGGACGCAUCUGGAAGCCUUUUUAUUCAAGCCCUCUCAAGACGCCGGCAUCGCCGAGCCUUAGUGACAAAGCACCUAAGGACCCCACUGAUAACAGACAGAAGAAGCAUUAUGACUACCAGGAACGUGUUUACUUCUUCGCUGUCGACGGCAACCAUUUCCGACCGCCUGAAGACCCGGCUUGCCCCAUCCCACCGGCCCACGAAGCUCUCACUCCACAAUGCCGAACAAAGCUGAGCUAUGCAGACUUUCUCGACUGGGCCAUCAGCGCACGGAGCUCCUCCGAACAGCCCUUCCUGAAGUUGUUUUCCCGUAUAGCUCUCGGACUCAGCAAGACUGACCCUACCGUGAUACUUGAGCCUAACCAAAUUUAUCACAAAGAACAGGAUCUUCUAUCGCCGACUGGCGCGGUGAUGAAUGACGGCAUCGCUCGCAUGUCACGAGCCUUGGCCAGGAAGGUUGCCGAGUGCCUCGAGCUAGAUGAGCUGCCUAGCUCGUUCCAAGGGCGAUUCGGAAGUGCAAAGGGCAUGUGGAUCGUGGAUGUCCACGAUGAUGGGCUCGAAAAGUCCAUCUGGAUUGAGACUUACCCUUCGCAACGAAAAUGGAACUGCGACUUCCAGGAUCCGCAUCACCGUACUUUUGAAGUUCGAUCGUAUUCCAAGGAGCUGCGUCCGGCCAACUUGAAUCAGCAGUUCAUCCCGAUCCUAACGCACCAGUCAAAGGACCCUACUACCGUGACCAAUACCAUUGUGGAAUGUAUUGAGACUGGACUCUGUGCGGAUCUGGCAGAGCUGCGGGACGCUAUGCCAGACAGUCGCGAUUUGCUCCUCUGGUUACAACGGGCUGGUUUCAUGUCCACAUCCAGUCGCCAGUCGCAAGGACAGAUUCCGUACUUAGGCGGCGUUCCGGACGACGAAGGAGAGCGAGCGUGUGCUACACUGCUGUCUGGGUUCGACGCAAAAUGCCAGUACACAUCGAACUUAUUCUGGAGGAUGGCAAACAGAAAGGCCGAGGUCCUCAAACGCUCCAUGAAGAUCCAGGUGCCCUGCUCCGCCUAUGCGUACAUGGUCAUUGACUUUAAUGGCAUUCUUGCGCCGGACGAGAUACACCUCUCCUUCUCCACCAAGUUUCAAGCGGGCGACUUUUCGGAUACCAACAUCGAGGGGAUGGACGUGCUCGUAGGCCGGUCGCCCGCUCACUUUCCUAGCGAUAUCCAGAGAGUUCGCGCGGUGUCGAAGCCGGAGCUCAGGCGCUUGAAGGACGUUGUCGUCUUCCCAAGCACUGGCGACACGCCUCUGGCGGACUUGCUGUCCGGGGGUGACUACGACGGCGACAUGGCUUGGGUCUGUUGGGAUCAGUCGAUCGUGGGGAGUUUCCAAAACGCGGACCCGCCUCCAAAAUAUGACUUUGUCGAGGAAGGGUAUUUGACCAAAAAUCGCGCCCGCUUUUCGGACAUUGUCCAAGGCCAUGAUGGGGAUAUGGACAAGGCUUGUGAAGACUUUCGAAUCGAGGGUCUGUCGUUCGCAAUGGAGCCUUCGCUGUUAGGCCAAUGCACCAAAUAUAAGGAGAAGUUAACAUACUGGACGAACAGCGUUAAUAGCGAGCAGGCGAUGCUUAUGAGUAAUCUCCUGGGCGAAUUAGUCGAUCAGAAAAAGGCCGGCACGACGUUUACGGAGGAUAAUUGGCUCCGGUUCCGCCAGGAAAGACUGCAAUGUCCAAGAACGUACGCCGUCCCAGAAUAUGAAAAGGAGCGCGCAUCCGACGCGUGGGGGAAGAAACUGCCCAAGGACAAGCACGUCCUGGACUACAUCAAGUUCGAUGUCGCCGAGAAAGCUCUGUACCGAGCCCUCAAGGAUGUUAGUGCUGCACAAGCGGCCCGGGAGCCUCUGGCGUACGAUGAGCACGUCUGUCAGGUAUACCGAGAGUGGGAGAUGAUCGCGCGCGGAUCGACUACGCGCAAAAGCGUAAUGGAUACGUUGCGUGCCGACCUCCAUGACCUGGAGAAGAAAUGGAUGGAUUCAGCCCAGGAUAACAUGGACUUUAGGGAAAGGGUGACUUUGCACUACGAGCAAUGGGUCCGGAUUGCGCCGCCAGUCCGGGUCCGGGGUAACAGUGUGGUGAAGCAACUCAAGGGGCUGCACGAUAGGUUUGUCCCCCUUGGUGUCGACUACUACCAGACACUGGACGACGACGACUGGACCGCGCCGUCCAGUCAUUGGAGCCUACUGAAGGCAUCGGCUACGUUCCGCAUGUUCUACAGCAAGCGACAGGACUUUGCCUGGUACAUGGCAGGGAAACAGAUCCUUGCACUGAAAGCAAAGGUCAUCUCGAAUAAGCCCGAAUACCAGAGAUCGUCAGCGUCUACCGUGGUCCCGUACAUGAUGCCCCUGCUUAAGCCGGACGGCAAGGCCAUUGCCAAGCUCGCCGCGAAACGAAAGGCUGCAGCUGCGGAGUCUGAUCUGGAGGACAAGGUGGAUGAGGCCGAGGAUUGGGAUGAGGUCGGCACGGUCAUUGACGACUGCUGAUGAUGGGAUUUUGCGAAUGUGCUGGUCACUGACGCAAACAACGAGACAGCUCCUGGAUAUGGAUUUCAUUUCUUGGCGUAUGGAUUGGAUCAUGCCUAUUUGAGGAUCCUGGGCGAUAGACGGUUAAAAUGGAUAAUGAACUGCAAGAUGGCCGGCUUGAUUUUUAGACGGAGCAUCGUUUUCAGGCGCUCCACGACUGAGUCGAAGAUGCUGACGCUCUACAGGGCGACGGGUUCCUCUCUGCCAGCUAACGUUAGAAAGAAGCCUAGACAAUCAUACAAUCAUACAAUCAUAGAACGAUUGGACCGCUUUUCGUCCGAAACUUU